UGUCAUCCAGGCCGAGGGCAAGAGGCAAGAAUGUAUUCGGCGAUCCUAUGUCGAGAGAGGCAACUGUUUGGAGCAGCUGUCUCGGGCUUGCAGCAAUUUUAGCCUCGAGCGCCUGCCUACGAGGUGCCGCUGUGGGACGACCCUAUGAACGGCUUAGAGGCGCCAGGACGCGCCAGCGAUUCUGCACAUCGUGGCAGACCUGGAUGUCUCAGGACCUUGGAGUUGAUGCUGUUAGUCCUUGUGCCGACAUGCGCCUAGCGCGCGUGCCCUAGCAGGCAUAGAGGAAAGACUUGCCGUCCGACCUUGAUAUUAUGGGGCGAUGACGGACUACCGUGCUUCGGGGCGCUGCCCGGGCAGACUGCUUUCCGCCAUACCGGUGUUGAAGCCCUCGUUCACGUUUCAACAAGUGCAUAUAAGCUGGAUACUGGUCGAUUCACAGCCUGCCU